CGGCGCUGUGCGGUGUGCGGGGCGUCGGGUCCCCUUCCCACCCCCCUGGCCGGCGAGGCGCGGCGGGAUGCGGCGGCGGCCGUGGCGGGGCCGCGGGCCGGGCGGGCGGGCGCGGUGAUGAGCGUCGGCGGUCGCCGCCAUGUCCAAGGUAACGGCGCCCGGGUCCGGGCCGCCGGCGGCGGCGAGCGGGAAGGAGAAGCGCUCGUUCAGCAAGCGGCUGUUCCGGAGCGGCCGCGCGGGCGGCGGCGCGGGGGGCCCCGGGCCGGCCGCGUCCUCGUCGCCCUCGUCGGCGCGCUCGGUGGGCAGCUUCAUGAGCCGCGUCCUCAAGACGCUGUCCACGCUGUCGCACCUCAGCUCCGAGGGCGCCGCCCCGGACCGCGGCGGCCUCCGCAGCUGCUUCCCGCCCGGCCCGGCCGCCGCGCCCACGCCGCCGCCCUGCCCGCCGCCGCCCGCCGCGCCCGCGCCGCCCGCCUGCGCCGCCGAGCCGGUGCCCGGGGUGGCGGGGCUCCGCAACCACGGCAACACGUGCUUCAUGAACGCCACGCUGCAGUGCCUCAGCAACACCGAGCUCUUCGCCGAGUACCUGGCGCUCGGUCAGUACCGGGCGGGGCGGCCCGAGUCCUCGGCUCACGCCGACCCCGACCCGGACCCGGACCCCGAGCCGGAGCCGCCCGCCGGCCUGGGCGCGCAGGGACACGGCGAGGUCACCGAGCAGCUGGCGCACCUGGUGCGCGCGCUCUGGACGCUGGAGUACACCCCGCAGCACAGCCGCGACUUCAAGAGUAUCGUGUCCAAGAACGCGCUGCAGUAUCGGGGAAAUUCCCAGCACGAUGCCCAGGAGUUCCUGCUGUGGCUUUUAGACCGAGUUCACGAAGACCUCAAUCACGCCGUGAAGCAGAGCGGCCAGCCCCCUCUGAAGCCACCGUCAGAGACUGACAUGAUGCCCGAGGGACCAUCUUUUCCUGUCUGUAGCACUUUUGUACAAGAACUUUUUCAAGCCCAGUACAGAUCUUCUUUGACAUGCCCUCAUUGUCAGAAGCAGAGCAACACCUUUGACCCUUUCCUCUGCAUUUCUUUGCCAAUUCCUCUGCCCCACACCAGGCCUCUCUAUGUCACUGUAGUGUAUCAAGGGAAAUGUUCGCACUGCAUGAGGAUCGGCGUGGCCGUGCCUCUGUCUGGGACUGUCGCCAGACUCCGGGAAGCAGUGUCCAUGGAAACAAAAAUCCCCACUGAUCAGAUCGUGUUAACGGAAAUGUACUAUGAUGGCUUCCACCGUUCCUUCUGUGACACCGAUGACCUGGAAACAGUCCAUGAAAGCGACUGCAUUUUUGCCUUUGAGACUCCAGAAAUAUUCAGGCCUGAAGGAAUUCUCAGCCAAAGAGGAAUCUACCUGAGCGACAACCUAAACCACAUGAAAUUCGGCUUGGAUCCCCAUCGACUGUCUUCUCCCGCACACACAGCAGCCAAGCAGGGAAAGGCGGACUCAGCCCCCACAAGAGCAGGGGCCGACAAGAUCGUCUUGCUGGUGUGUAACCGGGCCAGCACCGGGCAGCAGGGGAAGAGGUUUGGACUGCCCUUUGUGCUGCACUUGGAGAAGACAGUAGCGUGGGACCUUCUGCAGAAGGAAAUCUUGGAGAAGAUGAAGUACUUCUUGAGGCCCACAGUUUGCAUUCAGGUGUGUCCCUUCAGUCUGCGUGUGGUCAGCGUUGUGGGGAUCACAUACUUGCUGCCCCAGGAGGAGCAACCGCUCUGCCACCCGACAGUAGAAAGGGCAUUAAAGUCUUGUGGACCAGGUGGCACAGCUCAUGUGAAACUGGUGGUCGAAUGGGACAAGGAAACGAAAGAUUUCCUGUUCGUCAACACGGAAGACGAGUACAUCCCUGACUCGGAGAGCGUGCGCCUGCAGAAGGAGCGGCACCAUCAGCCUCAGACUUGCACUUUAUCCCAGUGUUUCCAGCUGUACACCAAAGAGGAGCGGCUCGCUCCGGACGACGCCUGGCGCUGCCCACACUGCAAGCAGCUGCAGCAGGGUAGCAUCACCCUGAGCCUCUGGACUCUGCCUGACGUGCUCAUUAUCCACUUGAAGCGCUUCCGGCAGGAAGGAGACAGGCGCAUGAAGCUUCAGAACAUGGUCAAGUUCCCCUUGACUGGCCUGGACAUGACCCCGCACGUGGUGAAGAGGAGCCAGAGCAGCUGGAGCUUGCCAUCCCACUGGUCUCCGUGGCGCCGGCCCUAUGGACUCGGGAGGGACCCUGAGGACUACGUCUAUGACCUGUAUGCUGUGUGCAAUCACCAUGGCACCAUGCAAGGGGGGCACUACACAGCCUUCUGUAAGAACUCCGUGGACGGGCUCUGGUACUGCUUCGACGACAGUGAUGUGCAGCCGCUUUCGGAAGAUGAGGUCUGCACGCAGACAGCCUACAUCCUCUUCUACCAGCGGCGCACGGCUAUCCCAUCUUGGUCGGCCAACAGCUCCGUGGCGGGCUCCACAAGCUCCUCCCUGUGUGAACACUGGGUGAGCCGGCUUCCGGGGAGCAAGCAGGCCAGCGGGACGUCUGCGGCUUCCUCCAGACGCACCUCCCUGGCUUCACUCUCUGAGUCUGUGGAAAUGACCGGCGAAAGGAGUGAAGAUGACGGCGGCUUCUCAACUCGGCCGUUCGUGAGAAGUGUCCAGCGGCAGAGCCUGUCCUGCAGAUCCUCCGUCACCAGCCCCCUGGUCGUGAACGAGAACUGCAUGCGGCCCUCCUGGUCCCUGUCUGCCAAGCUGCAGAUCCGCUCCAACUCUCCCUCCCGCUUCUCGGGGGACUCCCCCAUCCACAGCUCCGCCUCCACCCUGGAGAAGAUCGGGGAGGCCGCGGACGACAAGGUGUCCAUCUCGUGCUUCGGGAGCUUGCGGAACCUCUCCAGCAGCUACCAGGAGUCCGGGGGCAGCCACACUCGCCGCGAGCACAAGACCACCGGCCGGGCCCCCCUGGCGGUGAUGGAAGGCGUGUUCAGAGACGACCCCGAUGCCCGCAAGUCGAACCCUGGGGCUGCAGACACGCAGAGCAGAAACCCAGCACAAGGGGAGUGCCUGCCCCCCACCUCAGACCCGUUUGAUAACAACAACCAGAUCGCGUACGUGGAUCAGAGCGACUCUGUCGACAGCUCUCCCGUCAAGGAGGCGAAGCCCCCGAGCCACCCAGGCUCCCUCACAAAGAAGCCCGAGAGCACAGCCAAGAAACCCCACGCCUCCAAAGGUGCUUCUGAGGCAGACAGAAGCCUGCGGAAGGGGAGGCCAGUCUUGGCCAGCCAGGAGUCCUCUCUCUCCAGUACGUCCCCGUCCUCUCCUGUCCCCGUGAAAGUUUCUCUCAAGUCCUCCCGAUCCGGAAGCAAAGCAGAAGCUUCCUCCAGGGCCGGUGGGCGGCACUCGUCCCCUGCCCCCUCCCAGCCCAAGAAGGAGAGCUCCCCCAGGUCCCAGGACUCCGCAUCCUCUCCUUCACCGCAGAAGCAGAAGUCAGCCUCUUCCUCCGCCAGGUCCACUUCCGCCACACCUGCCAAAAAAGCCUCCGGCCCCACCCCGCGGGGCCCCUUCCCUGUCGGGAGGAGCAGGACUUCAGACCAGAACCUGAGUCGGGAGGGCUCCCGACAGAGCCUGGUCUCCGACAGAGCCAGCGUCACCUCCAGCUCCAAACCCAGCUCCCCCCGGGGGAGCCAGGCCAGGGCCGGGGAGGGCCGGGGGGACGGCAGGCACAUCCGAAGCUCCUCCGUGGCCAGCCUGCGCUCCCCCAGCACGAGCCUCAAGUCGGGCCUGAAGCGGGACGGCAAGUUGGAGGACAAGGGGCUGUCCUUCUUCAAGUCGGCCCUGAGGCAGAAGGAGACACGGCGGUCGACCGACCUCGGCAAGACCACCCUGCUCUCCAAGAAGGCAGGUGGGGGCUCCGUCAAGUCGGUCUGCAGGAACGCCACAGAUGACAGGGCGGAGAAGGCCCACCAGCCUCCAGGGCCCCAGCAGCCAAACUCGACUGUGCUGGGCAAAGAGCAGCUCAUCUCCAGGGACCCUGCCGCUAAACAUUCCCUGCUGUCCUCUCGCAGAUCUAAGUCUUCCCCGCUGGAAUUUGGGGUGUCCUCUCCCCCUGGUGGCAGGCAGCCUGCUGAGAAACCCUCGAAAAAGUUACCGUCUAGCAUGCCAACCUCUGCACGGCCUUCUCAGAAACCUCAGUGACCGCCCCCUGCAGGCUGAGUGUUUUUCUCUGUAAAGACGUUUGUUUAUUUAUUUAGAGCCCCUCCCUCCCUCCCUCCCUCCCUCCCCUCCUCCCACCAAAGCCCUCUUUGCUUUUGUACUCUCUGGGUUACAUGUCUGACGCGAGCGUGUGCAUGUGUGUGUGUGUGAGUGUGUGCGCGCGCGAGAGGAGAGUUUAAUUGCAAAUCGUUAAAAAAGCGUCGCCUUAUUCUGCCGUUGAACCAAAUAACAGCCAUAGGCAAAAUAUUGACACCAAGCUAACUGGAAUCGUAGACAAUACCCUGGACAGUCCCUUAUAUGUAUUUCUUUGUAGGGAACUCUAACAACUGUCGUUGGACACUGAACCAGUUAUGCUGUCACUCGUGUGCGCUGGACAAGGGGGAAUCAUCCGACGGGGGUGGGAGGGGCUUCACGUAAGCAGGACAUGUCCUCUUUGCAGACUGUCACUCGGCACCAGUAUGUGACACUAACAGGCGGACAACCGAGGGAAACCUUGCUUUCUGCACUUGGGCCCCAUCUGCCAGUCUUCGUCAAGGGCAGUACGUCCACACUAAAAUGUUUCUCAGGUAUAUACUCAGUUAGUUGACGGGGCUUGUGCACCAGGAAGAGGAAGGAAGAAACCGGAAGGUGGCCGGUGGGUAACCCAUUCCUCCUAGCACCACAGAUAAGACGUUUUUUUAGAGGUGGAAUCUCUCACGACCUUCGCCUUUGCAGAAAUGUGCAUACUAUGAGCUCCUGAACUCGAGCUCUGUCCUAGCAGGCUGUGAAACAGACAGCCAGAAAGCCAGUCACUGGGGAUUUUUUUUUUUUUUUCCCCUUCCCUCCUGAACAUGCUGGCUAAGGUUCUUGGUAUUUAUGAACUGCAGUCAAGCAGCUAAUGCCUCGGAAAGGCGUUCUGGAAAACGGUGGAUUGUAAAGCCGACACCGGUUUCUGCACCACUUCCUUCUCUGUUGUUGCUGUUUUUCUGCUUCAGAGGUAGAGGCCCUUGCCUUGCUGCCCCGGGGCGCAUGCCUUGUCACAUGGAAAGCAGCCGGGCUGCCUAAUGCCAGAAGUCAGCAAAAGUCAGGGUGGGGGAAUGGUCAUGCUCAAGUGACGUGUGGCAACGCUUUGUUCCACGGGCACUUCCAGCGUCGUGCCUGGCAGUCUUGCCGAUCUUCUUUGUGCUUAAGAUUUAAUCUUCUACCCAGAACUCACAAGCAAGGCUGGAGCAAGGCUCAUCAAGAUCUGUCAAGUGCAAAUUGCAUUGUUUGUUCUAGAGGGGAAAAAAGGGUGGGGGGGGAAAGACUUCACAGAAAAACUCAACAGAUUAGGAAGAUGGUUUUCCUGACUUUAAGCUUUAUUUUUUUUUCCCUUUCCCACUUUUUUUUUUUUUUUUAAGUAGAGAGUCAUGGUCCUGAUCUUUUUAUUUAUUUAUCCUCUUUUGUUGUUCUUGUUUUAUUGUUGUAGUUAUUAUUGAUGUUGUUGUUGCUGGAUAGGACAGAGAGAAAUGGAGAGAGGAGGGGAAGACAGAAAGGGGGAGAGAAAGACAGACACCUGCAGACCUGCUUCACUGCCUGUGAAGAGACUUCCCUGCAGGUGGGGAGCCGGGGACUCGAACUGGGUUCCUUAACACUGGUCCUUGGGCUUUGCGCCACCUGCGCUUAACCCGCUGCACUACCGCCCGACUCUCCUCCUCCUCCUCCUUCUCCUUCUUCGAGACUAUUCUAGUUCUUCCUGAAUUGGUGUGCAGACGUAUUUAUAAUCUGCCUCAGAUGUAUUGCUGGGUGGGGAAGAACUUGAAGAAUGUACAUGUGCUGCCUUUACCAUUUCUUUCCCCCUUGAAUACCUCUUGGGCAGCAUUUCCAGUAGGUUUCUUAACUUUACUUGCUGCUAGUUAGAGCACGAGCAGGUAACUGGCCACUGAUGGAGGACAGCUGGAAUUUUAGACCCUUGCUGAACGUGACACUGACAUACUCAGCCUUGCAGGAGAAAGGGCCACAGGAAGUACAUUUCUCACAAGCCUGUGGGCCUCUUAUACACAGCCAGGCACGCCCCUCAGCACUGGGUGUCCUCCUGUCCCCUGCCCCGUAUGUCCUCCUGUCCCUCUACCCUGUGGUUUCCCAAAGCUGCACCAUCUCUGCUGCUGCUGUGUGACUGGCUGUGGCUUCCCCCCUUCCUGGGUCGUUCCCGAUUCUAGAAUGUUCCGUGUCCCUCAGGUUUCCGAUAGUUCAUCCCAUCAUCUCACUUUCAAGGGAAAUCUCCUUCUUAGCUGAAGCAGUCUCAGAAUCAGAGCACAGCUGUAAAUGACGGAUUCAGGAUGGUAUUCUCAAAAGCUGGUUUUGAUCCUCCAUGGCGGUUUUUUUCUUAACUCUCCCAAAAUGGUUCUUUGAUUAUGUCCGGUGUCUACUAAGCAAGCAAACAGACAGAAACAAGACAUAACUCUGCAGACCCCUUUCCUUCCCCAGGAGAGCUAGGCAAGAAAACUCCCAUCUCUUUGGCCCUAGCGUUUAGUCCUGUUUGCAGUGGAAAGGGAAGUAUCGGGUUCCUGCUCAGACGUCUUUCAGCUGUGAGACUUCUGUGCUUGGUAGACAGUGAACAUUUCACCUCUUCAUCGCUUGGUCCGGUGUGAAGCCGCAGAAAAGAAUGUUCUCUCCAAAAGUUGGGAGGUGCUGUCAAGAGGUUUAAAGACCUUUUUAGGAAAAUUACUCCUGGGCUCAAAACAAUUUUUUUCUUUUUUUUUUUCUUUUUCUUUUUUUUUUUUUUGGUGAUACUUGGUACUACACAUCAGUCCCUGUUUUUGGCUAAAAACCUCUGCUGCAGAUGGUGGGGUGGGGUUUUUCUGUGACAGCUAAGGAAGCCCGAAUAGAACAGCCAGCUCCUGGUGGGCGCAAAAUACUGGUAAUAACUGUUGUGGCUACAAGACGUGUUUGCUUGUAGACGAACUGCUCAGCCUGGAUUAUUUCUCAUGCUGUGCACUGAGCCUGGGGCACUUGCUCCCUAAGGCAGCCUGCCGCCUCCCCUCGUCAAUGCCCUAGGUGACGUGGGAGCACCCCCGUCCCGUCUCACCUCUCCGACUCUUGUGUUUCCUCACCCCAAAUGCAGCCUCACCGGAAGUGAACGCAUUCAGUGCUGGAGCAAUAGAAAUUAGAUGCUAGGGAGAUUUGCCGUCUGGUGAAAUAGUGUAUUUCUCUGGCCCUUUUGUUAUCCGUUCAUUCAUUCAUUCAUUCAUUCGUUCGUUCGUUCUGCAAAUGUUCCCUGAGGGCCUGCCUUGCCUGGAAAAUGUCAGGAAUUCACUGUAGCUGAGGAGUCUGGGGAAUCUGGCCUAUGACACAGGUGGUGACAGUGCUGUCCUAAAAGGUGUGACAGUCCUCCCAGACCGAAAGGUGCAGUAGAUUCUGGGGAAUCGGCUGAGGCCCAUGGUGCGCUUGAGCAACUCUGUCCUGUUCUGGAAACCAAAAGUGCCCUUCUUCAUCUUUGGAGACGUGACUCUUUCCAUCCACUUUCCUAGGCUGAGCUCGUCUUACUGUUGAUACUUAACUGCUUGGUCCUCCACGUCUGCGAGAUGGAUGCGUGGGGGGGGGCUCCUUUGUGGGGGAGUGGGGAGGAGAAAAAAAAUGGUCAUCCCUCAAAAAUAACGGUCGUGACAACUUGGCACAGCACAGCGCCAUCAAGGGAACAGCAGAGGCAGCCUCUAGGGGGGAAAUGGAGCAGGGCGAGGCUGUGAGCAAAGCUCAUUUAUUUCCAAUAAACGUUUUUAAAAGUAGAUUGCUAUCUGGAUUUACAUUUCAUUCUGAUAGGAACCAAGCAGUUCAAGUCAUUGUUUCCCAUGUAGGUUAUGAAAAUGAUUUGGCUACCCAAAAAAAAAAAAAAAGAAGAAAGAAAGGAAGAAAGGAAAGCUAGCGUUUCUGGGUUGCAGUUUGAGAGAGUAUGCAAAUCAUAAGCACAGCUUCCACAAAGCAUAUUCUCUGGGGCUCGUUGAUUGAACUAUGUGCCGUUUGAAACCAAGAGGAAUAACAUUUGCUGUGAGGCUGGUGCCUGUUCUGUCACCACAAACACACAAAAGCAGCCGUCACAACAGAGUAGACUCCGUUGUCAUGGCAGCAAAGGCACGUGCGUAAACACCAAACCUGACCAGGUAUAUUCUGAGGAGAUUCCCAGCUUUGGUCUAAGCGGACACUCGGUGUCUUACUCUUGUCUGUCUUUGAUCAGCUAUCAAAGUGUCUUGUCUUUGCAGCUGUAUCUUGCGCAGCCCCCCUCCCCCCUUUCAGUUACAAAAGCGAUGUUGCAUGGCCUCUGGCUAACCCAGAAAGCACGCUCUUAGCCACCUAUGCAGGCAACUCAUUUAAGAAAAAAAAAAAAGUAAAACACAAGGCAACUCUUCGAUUUUCCAGAGCUCUGUUUUUGAACCUGUAGUUUUGUAACUCUGGCUCAGUCAUAUUCGUGUAGAAGAGCAUGAGUGUGAUUUUCUUGAUUUGCCUUCACGUGUUGACACUGAUUUCUUUCUUACUUGGCAAGAUCGCGUGGAAACUGAGUGUCUUGCAAGCAGGGAGUGUAGUUGGCCACGUUGAACACACACUGAUUUAUUUAUAUACUGUAUUUAGCCCGAAGACUUUCUUAAAAGUGUUUUGUUCUACAAACAACCUGCCAUUUUCUAUAGAUUUCAAUUUUUUAAUAUAUAUAUAUCUUCCAGGGUUCUGUUGUGGUCACAGGGAGAGAAUGCGGCUUCUCAUAGUGCUAACAAUUUUAAAAUGCUUUUAUAGAGACUUAGAGCUGUCUUUGGACAGCUUUGUAGCUUCUAACCACAGGUCACAGUAAGACUAGGCUCAUGGGAUAGAGGAGGAGGUCACACUGUGGGUUAAGUUCUAGGUCACCUCACGUUCAGUUAGAACUGGUGGUUUCCAUUGUGGGGGAGAAGGGGGCAUCCACACAGACUCGGGAGUCUUUAAAGACUCACAUGCCCACUCUCCCCAAGAUUCUAAGAUCCUACAAAGUUCGUCCAACCUCUUCUAGUGACUCACUCAAGACUGUUCCCAGCAUCCACUGGGGCACUUAUAAACAUGCCUAGGCUCUACUCCCAAGCUUUUGACCUAACUAUGAGGGGGAGGCCCUGGGAAUUCCCAAGCUACUUGAGGUCUUCUGGAAGGUUCCACCUGACAGAAUCAAGAACCACUGUGAUGAAGACUGUUACCCUCCCCUUGCUAAGAACUGUGGUGAGAAUCACUGCCAUACAAAGUACUCAGGAGUGACUGACUUGGCCCUCUAUUGUGUAGGGGAAGAAAAAGGCUUGAGCAUACCAUCACCUCCAGUUUGAAAUCAGGGGACCUGACUGGGGAGGCUGGAGGGCUUCCUGUGGGAGGUGGGCUAGCACUCGGUGGUCUGGUGGGAAUGGGUGGUCUGCACAUUGCUGGAUCACAUGAUAGGGUGGGGGUGGGUUUGUGUCCUUUCUCAGGGUCCUCCUGGGGGAAAUCAGGAAGUCCCUGAGUCAUAAAAAUGCUGAAGGAAGGCCUUCCACAGCCUUGGGAAUCCUGUCCCUGCUUCGGAUAGAACGACUUUCUCUCUCUAGCGACUCUCAGAAAAGCCGCAAGCCGCUGCUGGAUUCCCUUCUUCGCUGCUUCUCUUCUUAGGAUGUAGUUGCUGGACUGAUGCUGACUUUCUAAAUGACCAGGAAGCAUUUUUCUUGGGAACACACACACGCACACACACCUGUUAGUUCAGUGAUUUCUCAUGUCGCUAGAAGUCCAUACUGCCCACACAUUUGAUAGCACGUUGCCUGUGGAGGCAGCUGACGUUGGGUUUUAGCCUGUGGUCGAACCACACGCACUGUAACAGCUUCAGAAUCAUCUGCCCUGCUCUUGGGUAUGUCUUCAUCCUUCUGAGCUGUCCGUCACACCACCUACAAGCAAUAAAAGGGGCGGGGGGAGGAAACCCUGGGUGUUUUCAGUCCUCCCAGGGAACAGUGAUAGAAAUAAAAACUCCACAUUGGAAAAGGCCACCCCAGGGCAAGGUCACCGUGCGAUUGUCAUUGUGUAAAAGGCACCAUGACAUUUCCUAGGUGCUACCCUCAGCGGUUCCAUACUGCGGUUUCUAACAGCUGUCUCAGAAGAAGCUGCAUGUCACAUCACUGGACCCACAAUGCUUUGGUGUUGCUCGCGCCACCGUUCCUAGCGACCCCUGUCUCGGGCUUUUGUGCUGUGUGGUGAUACGGAGCUCGGGAGGCCUUCCCCUGAGGCAGGGAGGAAGCUGUAUCACCACCUCUUGAAGUUAUUACAGAACAAAUGCAUGGGAUGUCACUGGCUCCUGUUACUUAUUUGUAUGUUUUAUUAUUCAAGGUUGUAUGCACUUUCUAAGAAGCAGAAUUUAUAUUUUUUAUGUUUAUGACACUUUAUUUCUGGAACCGCAGCUGAUAUGAGUAUGCCAUUGCAAUGGAGAAAAGUGGAAACUGUAACAAAAUAUAAUAAAUUUAUUACAUGAUGCCCUCUUCAA